UCAGCUAACUGUCCGCUUCGGGUUGUGUCUCUUCAGUGAGUGAGUUUUGGAGUCAGGGAUUGUGGUUAUACGCGUGAAGCCGGUCUUAAAAGAAAAAUAGUGCGGUUUUAUUUUGUUUAAAACGGUUUAUUGGUCUUUUUUCCCCCCUCACCCUGUAUGCGACACCAACGCGGGGUCUGUUGUUGAGAAAACAUCAGUGAAAAGAAAUCGCCGAGCUGGAUCUAUCCAGAAGACGGUCUCUGAUCAUGUCCAAUCCAAUUCCGGUGACCAAAAAAGAGGAAAAGGGGCGAAACAUCCAGGUGGUGGUGAGAUGCAGGCCUUUCAACGCAGUGGAGCGGAAGUCUAACUCGCAUGGCGUGGUGGAGUGCGACGCGAACAGAAAAGAGGUGACGGUCCGUGCUGGGGGCGUCACUGACAAAACCUCCAGGAAAAGCUACACCUUUGACAUGGUGUUCGGUCCAUCUGCAAAGCAGAUAGAUGUGUACAAGAGUGUGGUCUGCCCCAUAUUGAACGAAGUCAUCAUGGGGUAUAACUGCACCAUUUUCGCAUAUGGGCAAACAGGCACAGGGAAGACCUUCACAAUGGAGGGUGAAAGGUCGCCUAAUGAGGAAUUCACCUGGGAGGAGGAUCCUCUGGCUGGUAUCAUCCCUCGUACUCUUCACCAGAUCUUUGAGAAGCUGUCCAGUAACGGCACAGAGUUCUCAGUGAAGGUUUCCCUGCUGGAGAUCUAUAACGAAGAGCUGUUUGACCUGCUCAGCCCCUCACCGGAUGUCUCCGAGAGGCUGCAGCUGUUUGAUGACCCCAGGAAUAAGAGAGGCGUUAUUGUUAAAGGACUGGAGGAGGUAACUGUACAUAACAAGAACGAGGUCUAUCAGAUCCUUGAGAGAGGAGCAGCCAAGAGGAAGACUGCAAGCACACUGAUGAAUGCAUACUCCAGCCGUUCCCACUCCGUGUUCUCAAUCACCAUUCAUAUGAAGGAGAUCACUCUGGAUGGAGAAGAGCUGGUGAAGAUCGGUAAACUCAACCUGGUGGACCUCGCGGGCAGCGAGAACAUCGGCCGCUCUGGAGCAGUAGACAAACGCGCCCGUGAGGCAGGAAACAUUAACCAGUCACUGCUGACGCUGGGCCGUGUGAUCACAGCUCUGGUAGAACGUGGUCCUCAUGUGCCCUACCGCGAGUCCAAACUCACUCGUAUCCUCCAGGACUCGCUGGGUGGACGCACCAAGACCUCCAUCAUCGCUACGGUCUCUCCAGCUUCCAUCAACCUAGAGGAGACUCUCAGUACGUUGGAUUAUGCCAACAGAGCAAAGAACAUCAUGAACAAGCCUGAAGUGAACCAGAAACUCACCAAGAGAACCCUAAUCAAGGAAUACACUGAGGAGAUUGAGCGUCUGAAGCGGGAUUUGGCUGCCACUCGUGAGAAGCAUGGUGUAUAUAUCUCGGCUGAGAACUACGAGAAUAUGAACAGUAAACUGUUGAGUCAGGAAGAACAGAUCACGGAGUACAUGGAGAAGAUUGCAGUGAUGGAGGAGGAACUCAAGAGGGCGAUGGAGCUGUUCACGGACAGUCAAGAGAAGCUGGAACAGUGCAGCGGGGACCUGCAGGACAAGAGCCAGCAACUAGUGGAGGCUCACAAUGACCUAAAGGAGACCAGACAGAGGCUCACACAGGAGGAGUUCAUAACCACUCAGCUGCAGGUCACAGGGAGCCAGCUGUACAAUGCUGCAGGGCAGCUGCUGAGUACAGCGGAGGUGAGCACGACAGACGUGGGAGGCCUCCAUGCUAAGCUGCAACGGGUGCAGGCCGUGGAGCAGCACAACACCGCAGCUCAGGGGAACUUCGCCCAGUGCAUGGAGCAGAGCUACAGCAGCAUGCGAAGUGCACUGCAGGAGCACAGCCUCAAACACACUGCCAUGUUGGAUCACUACCACCAUGCCAUGACGGCGCUGCUGGGAGGAACGGGUCGUGUGUGCGAGGAGGCCGAGAACUCCGUGCUGCGUUCCUGUACCGCUGUCCGGGAAGCGGUGGAGGAAGGCGUGGAUGGCUUUAAGGUCAAGCUCAUGCAGCAGGAAGCGCUCACAAAAGGGAGCAGAGACGCCAUACUUGAGAUGCUGGAUGAGCAUAAACUUCAUCUUGAAGACGUUCUAAUGGCAAAAGUGAUGCCUGCUGUCAGCUCCGUUAUGGCCGUGAAUGAAGGCUUGAAACGGACAAUGCAGAGAUGUAAUACGUUGGCUGGACAGAUGGAGGAGAUGAAGGCGGAGAUGACUGCGUUUUUCAGUGCCCAAGCGGAGGCACUGGCGAGUGUGCGGGAGACAUCUGUACAGGGCUUCACUUUCCUCCAAGCUGAACACAGCAAACUGAAGGAGCAGAUCAGCCAGGCCAGCCGCCAACACACAACACGUGUAGCGCAGCUCAUUCAGUGUGUCCAGGAUCAGAUGAACCUUCUGGCCCUGGACACACAGUCUGACUUUAAGGGCCUUCAGGAGGCAGCAGAUGCCCAGGGAGGUCCAACGGAGGCCCUGAAAAUCACAAUACAGAGUAAAUGCACCGUGGCUGAACAGGAGAACUUGUCGGUCAGCGCUCGUCUAAGUUCAUGCACAGACGGCGUGAUGAAGGAGAUGAGUGCAGUGGCGGAGGACGGACAUACAGCGUUGGAGGAAGGCGGCGGUUACUGCAGCUUCCUGAAGAGCUCUCUGGAGUCACUGACCGACUCAAGCCUCCAGUGGUGUCAUGCAACCAGAGACCUGACUGAGAGACGUGCAGAGGAACAGCGGAGCCUUGCGGAAGAGAACGGCGUUGCAGCGCACAAGCUUCUGAAGUGUGUCGAAGAGCGCCGUCAGGCCGCAGUAGAGGAGUGCCAGUCUCGCCUCGCUCCAGUGCAGCAGGAAAUGGAAGGGCUCCUGAAGAGCGUGGAUGUGCAGAUAGGUGAAGACCACGUCCUCCUGCAGCAGCACAGAGACGAGCUCUCGAGUCUCGCCACACAGGCACUUAAUACGGUCAACAACUUCCUCAGUAACGAGCUCCAGCAGGAUCUGCCUACCGGAACAACACCAAAGCGUAAGGAGUACAUGUACCCACGUGGUCUGGUACCUCUGAGGAGCAGAAUGGAGCUGGAGGAGGAGUUUAGGGCUCAGCAGGAGCAGCAAACAAGCAUGCUCGGUCAGUGUGACGUCCUCACCGAAGGAGAGGAGGAGGAGAAACGUGUAGAACAGGACUCUCUGGAGGAUGAUGCUUGUUGCUCCAGUGACAGUAACUCAACACAGCAGUCGAUAUCUGAUGAGAAUCUGAUCUGCUAUGAGGAGGGACGGGUUCCCUUCUUUAAGAAAAAGUCUAAGAAGGAGAACUUCAGCAGCAAGUCUCUGAACCGUUCAAAGGUAGCUGAAAACGAAACCUCGGCGACUCCAUCUCGAUCCAGAUUACCCCUCAGGGCCCAAAAUCAGUGAUGAUGCCACUUCCUUUUCUUUACUGUUACCUGUAGAGACUGAGUACUACUUGUAUUUCUAUAACGUCGCUAUUUUAUUCAAUGAAAUUUCUUCUGUAUAUCUUUUUAUUCUCACUGUUUUAAUGUUAAGUAAUAAAGGUGUUAUGUACCAUUUUUUUUAAAUGUUUUUCACUUGGUUGAUAUGGGUAUUUGUGUUCGUUUUGUCUUUAAUUUUUUGAAUUUAAGAACGACUGCUGAUUUCAGGGUUAUUUUUGUUAAAAAAAAAAAGGUUAACUUUUUUAUUUUUAAUCUCCUAAUAAACAUUAAGAUUUUCAAGA